AUGAAGCUAACGCAGAUGUGUCAUCAGUUACCACUGCCUUAUCAAAAUCCCGAAAUCGUUGAGCGAAAAAUACUCUCUGUAAAUGCGGUUUUACAAAAAUUGCCUUGGCAACUGCCAAGUAAGCAAAAAGAAAUGGUGUUCACUUUUCCAGGUACAAAUCGGCAGCAUAUCGUUUUACCAGGUGUAUUCGUAAAUGAGCUUUUGAAGAAAUUCGACCCUCUCCCGUCAUUACAGAUAUCUUUACAGUUACCUCAGCAGUCGUCGAUAGUAGAGAUAUUUGCUGGAGAACGUAUGUUGAAAAUCCGCAGGCAUAAGAUGAGGAAGCAUAAACGUCGAAAGCGCUAUGAUAGAGAUUAUUUUAAAUAUCAAAAAUAUCAUCGACAAAAAAAGGCCAAAGCGGAAAAUUUGUUCCGGAAUCGUAUACAUAAAAUGCUGGAGGAUUACAAAACAUUUGAUCCUGAGAAGUAUGUCAAGGAUGUCAUAGCUUGUGCAAAACAAGAUGUAACAAAAGAUGUGUCUCUAAGUGGUCGACGAAAAUAUCCACAUUGGUCUACGCUAGUUACUCUAGAAGAGUUGUAUGGAUUACCGCAAACCGAUUAUAUUUUUAAAAAUGCUGGGUUGGCAGACGAUGAAGAUCGCGACAAAAUUAGACAGAUGAAGAAGGAGUAUGAUGAAAAAUAUCGUGGGUUUUUAAAUCGUACUAGUUGUUUUCAAGAGAAACAACAAGAAAAGCAGGAUUCCUUAGAUGUUUCAUCAAAGAUGCAGGAGAAGAAAAUAAUUGAUAACAGCUCAAAUUCGGAGAAAACUACUCACGAGGCUGAUAAAAUUGAAAAUGAUGAUAAUAUUAAGAGUUGA